CUGCGCUUAGAUUAGUUUAGUUUAGUUCGUUUACGGUCUUGUGCGACUCGAGAUCGUCCCAGCAGCCCACUGUCUCGAAAACCGCGAUCGAAACAAAACAAAUCCGAGUAGUAAUAGUAAAACACACUCCACCGAACUCAACCCGCAAACAAAUCGUAAAUCUCGCAGGCGACCACAGAAGCAGCAUGAGCGGACGACAACGGGGCGGAGGAGUAAAAAACGAAGAUUAGCUCAAUGGCUCUUGGCUCUGGCGAGUGAUAAGUCGGUCUGAGAUAAUAUUUUAAUAAAAAAUAUUUGGCACAAGCUGUGUGGGCACGUCACCCCUUCGGGCCAGAGCCGGCUGCUCCAAGACACAGUUAAGAUCCGCCGCCACCAGAGCACAUCAUGCCACUCGAUCCGCGCCCGGUCUCGCGUCAGGUUGUUGUCUAGAUACGAUCUUAUCCUCGGAACCUCCGGAACCAAGCUAAUUGCCAUUUUGCGACACAAAUCUGGCGAAGAUUAAGAAACGUGCGCGUGUGAGUUGAGUGCCCCCCAAGAGAGGCCCAUGUGCUAAGUGAGAACGCGCCCCGACUCGAGACGCAACUAGGAUGGUGCAGAGCGGGAAACCCAUCAGCCUGGGGCCCGAGGAGCAGGAUGCGGAGGCCGGCCAUCCGGAAUCGCGAGAGGAAUCCGAUGCGGAGACUAGACUGCUGGAUAAUGGAAAAACCUAUGACAAGGAACAGGAGGCGGGCAUUAAUCUGGGCGAGAGGAAACACUCCUUUCCCAAGAAAGCAAAGCCCAAGAAGAAGAAACAGAAGAGCGAACAGGAUCGCGAAAUGACUGCCGAAAUCAACAAACUCCUGAAUGAAUCGCCGCUUGAGAAGAAUGUGACAUGCGGCUUUUGGAUAUUCAAAGGACCAUUUUACCAGAAAUUCGCCAACCAAACAGCUUAUGUCUUGCUUUAUGGCAUCGUCGGCUGCAUCUUUUCUAUGACAUAUGCCUACUUCAAUGGAACGAUUACCACCAUAGAGAAGCGCUUCAAGAUACCCUCGAAAAACACGGGCAUCAUCUCAGUGGGCAAUGACAUUAGCCAGACUUUGGUAUCUGCAGUCUUGGCCUACUAUGCCGGCAAGGGUCAUCGGCCCAGGUGGAUUGGCUUUGGCCUGCUCACCAUUGUGCUGUUCUGCGUGCUGACCACCUCUCCGCACUUCCUCUACGGACCCGGCGAGGAUGCUCUGGCUCUGACUUCCGAGUUCGGUGGGAUGCCCGAUGAAAACGCCACCAUGGAAGCCAUCGAGGAGCAGCGUUCCAAGACACUGUGCCGCUUGAAUGGCGGCGGAGCGGAAUGCGAGAUAGGCGAGGGAAACUUUGCGCCACAGCUGCUCCUGUUCGUGGCCCAGUUCAUAUCGGGUAUCGGGGGAUCCCUGUACUACACCCUGGGAGUAUCCUACAUGGACGACAAUACCAAGAAGUCCAAGACACCGGCUCUGCUGAGUCUUUCUUAUUUUCUGCGCAUGCUGGGUCCUGCCAUCGGAUAUGCCCUGGCGUCCUUUUGCCUGCGCCUGUACAUUGCCCCGCAGAUGCAUCCGGUUAUCAACAACAAGGAUCCGCGAUGGCUGGGCGCCUGGUGGCUAGGAUGGCUGGUCAUGGGCGGCCUGCUGGCCUUCUCUGGCGUCUUCCUCUCCAUGUUCCCCAAGGAUCUUCCCCGGGCAGUCGCUCGCCGAAAGGUGGAGGAGAAACGCGCUCGCGAGAAAGAGAUGCUGGCGCUUAAAAAUUCGGAGAAGGAACGCCUGAACGCUGACUUGGACGAAAAGGCGGUCACCGUGGAGGGCAAAGCCUCGUUCCACGAUAUGCUGAAGACUUUCCGGCGACUGAUUACCAACAAGACGUACAUGUGCAACACGCUCUCCAGCAUCUUUUACCUGGUGGGCUACACGCCCUACUGGAUCUUCACGCCCAAGUAUAUCGAGGUUCAGUACCGCCAGUCGGCGGCCACAUCCUCCAUGGUGACCGGAACAGUGGCUCUGGCCUUCUCCGCCGUGGGCGUGCUGCUCUCCGGAUUCAUCAUCUCCAGGUACAAGCCCAGAGCCCGCUAUAUGGCCGCCUGGAACGUGAUCGUUGGCUUCCUCACGGUGGCCGGCAUCCUGGCAUACGCCUUUAUCGGUUGCCCGGGAAACGAGAGCUCUGUAAUAGUGAACAUCCACGACAGUUCGCUGGCGGACAACACCACCACCUGCAAUUCCGCCUGCUCCUGCGACUAUGUCCGGUAUUCCCCAGUUUGCGGCGAGAAUAAUAUGACCUACAUCUCCGCCUGCCACGCAGGAUGCAAAAGCUUGCAUGUCAACUCUGAGGGAAAGAAAAUAUUCUACGAUUGCUCCUGCAUUCCGGGCAAUGAAGGCGGCAACUCCACAAGUCAGUUCCGACGCCUAACCAGCUCCGACAUGAGCAGCGACAACUCCAGCCUGGACAUGUCCAGUCUCACCCAGUUGGAGGAUCUGGCCAAUGGCCAGGCAAUGCCCGGGGCCUGUCCCGUGAACUGCUGGACACAGUUCGUGGCCUUCCUGGCUGUGAUGUGCUGUUUGAAGUUCGUGGGAGCCACCGGCAGGGCCUCAAAUUUCCUGGUGUCUGUUCGAUGUGUCCCUGAAAAGGACAAGACGGCGGCCAUGGGCUUUGGCAUGACCAUGUGCUCGAUGCUGGCCUUCAUUCCCAGCCCCAUCUUCUUCGGCUGGGUCGUCGACAGGGUCUGCCUUGUCUGGGGCAAGACCUGCACAAACAAAGGCAACUGCUGGCUUUACGAUCCCCAAUCCAUGAGAUACACUCUAAACUUCACUGCUGCUGUCUUCAUUGCCAUUGGGGCCAUAUUUGAUCUGGGCGUUUGGUACUACGCCAAGGACCUGAAGAUCUUCGACGAGGAGGUCAAGGAGGUGGAGAUGCAGAUCGUCCAGCACGAGGAGGAGGCCAGCAACGAGAAGAAUACAGAGAUCUAGACCUAAGUUAUUAUUACUCCUAAGUGCUGUGUGAGUGAGAGUUUUGGUGCCUUGAUUUGUCAAUAUCCAUGUGUGAUUUUCCCCAUAGAGUCCGGUACGAUAAUAAACUGUAUUGUAACAGUA